GAGUGAUAGCAUUAUAAAAGGCCUUAAACCCUAGCCGCCUCAGAUAUUUUGUGAGCGACUGAUAGCAUUAUAAAAGGCCUUAAACCCUCGCCGCUUCCUUUUGUUUCUCAACGCUUCUCUCAUAAGCUCCUUGUUUGCAGUUCUCCUUCCCAACAAGAGAUAAGAUGGCAUUCAGUAGCAGACUUGGUAUGCUUGUUAGGCAAAAUGGGCAAGCUUCAUUGCCAUCUAUGCUCAACUCUAUCCGCAGCAUGUCAACAUCUAAGCUAUUUAUUGGAGGACUUUCCUAUGGGACGGAUGACGUGUCACUUAAGGAAGCAUUUUCUGGCUUUGGUGAAGUGGUUGAAGCAAGAGUUAUAACCGACAGAGACACUGGGAGAUCAAGAGGAUUUGGGUUUGUUAACUUCACCAGUGAUGACUCUGCCAGCUCGGCAAUGUCAGCUAUGGAUGGCCAGGAGCUAAAUGGGAGAAACAUUCGUGUUAGUUUUGCCAAUGAGAGGCCUAGUGGCCCUCGAUCCUUUAAUAACGAUUUCCGUGGUGAAGGAGGUUUUAAUAGAAGCGGAGGGGAUUACUAAGCUGUUUGGUCGUCUAUCCUUAAGUUUAAUCUUAUAGGUUGCUGUUAAUUUUGAAUUAAGGACGCAUGUUUGUUUUCACAGUUUGAAAUAUUUGAAGUACUGGAAUUAUUAUGUUGCCUUUGGCACAAGUUUGUGCCAGUUAUUGGUUGUUACAUAUCCUGGCAGGGUAAAUUUUUAAAUUUCUGUU